AUGACUCUCAAAGGUUUGGUAUCACUUGUCCUCAAUUUAAUUGGUCUAGCAGAGGAACCAAGGACCAAGGAUGCACCUUUACCUUACCUGCUAUCUAGUCCUAUUGUACCACAGAAGAUCAAGCACCAAUCAUCUGAAUCUGCGGCAGCAUCCAAUUUUAUGGAGAAUAGUGAGUGUGGUUGGUGUUGUGUGUGCUUGUCAAGGUUAAACGACAAGGAUGAAAUCCGUGUCCUUCCUUGCUUGCACAAAUUCCAUAAGAUUUGUGUAAAUAGAUGGCUUAAGGGUCACCACAAAACAUGUCCACUCUGCCGUUUCUCAAUGGGAGCUGAGGAGAAGUCUCAUCGUGCCGAAAUGUUCACUGAAGAGAUGCUAAUGUGGUUUUCUUCUUUCCAUAUAACUGGUAUGUAA